AUGACUAGUCCUGGCACGAAGGGGUCGUGGCUCUCGCAGCCGAUGGUGAAGAGCGUGCUGGUAUAUCGCAAUGGGGACCCUUUCUUCCCAGGGCGCCGUAUUGUCAUCAAUGAGAAGAAAGUGUCCAACUUUGAGGUAUUCCUGAAAGAGGUGACAGGCAGGGUGAAGGCACCCUUUGGAGCUGUGCGUAACAUCUAUACCCCCCGGGGUGGGCAUCGCGUCCGGCAGCUGGAGGAGCUUCAGAGUGGAGAGCAGUAUGUGGCUGGUGGCAGGGAAGCCUUCAAGAAACUCAACUAUUUGGACAUCGGAGAAACAAAGAAAAAACCUGCCGAAGUCAAUAACGAGGUCAAGCCGGUUACUCACAGUAGAAUCACUGUGUCAGCACGGUUUCGAAAACCACUUCAGGAGCCCUACACUAUUUUCCUGAUUGCUAACGGAGACCUUAUUAGCCCUGUAGUGCGCCUCCUUAUUCCCAGGAAAACACUGAAUCACUGGGAUCAUAUUCUUGAAAUGGUUACAGGAAAAGUUACCCUCAGAAGUGGAGCUGUUCACAGACUUUACACUUUAGAUGGAAAACUUGUUCAGAAUGGGUCAGACUUGGAGAAUGGGCAAAUUUAUGUUGCAGUGGGUAGAGAAAAGUUUAAGAAGUUGCCGUAUGGUGAUCUGCUCUUUAGCAAAUCUACAAUAAGAAGACCACAGGGGUCCAAAGCCUCUGUACUACCUCCGAUUGUGGGAUCUCGAAAGUCUAAAGGCAGUGGAAAUGAUCGGCAAUCUAAAUCUACUGUUGGAUCCAGUGACCCGGGAGAAAACAGUUCCUCACCUCAGCCUCCCAAAGGGAAGGACAAAAAAAGCCAGAAUCCAGAGGAUUCUGUGUUCAGACGACACUUUUCUAACAACUCUACAAAAGUAAAUCAGACAGUAAAAGUAACAGCUUCCACAGGAGUCCUUCAAGAUAAUGGUGAAGAUGUUUACAAAGCCAGCGAAGAGUGGUCUGAAAUGUGGGGGGCAGCUGAAGUGCAGGAAGAUGAAGAUACUCGUGUAGAAGUUCCACUGGACCAGAGGCCAGCAGAAACUGUAGAAGAAGAAGAAAAUGCAGAAGAGGAAAAUGACAGGGGUGAGGAGGCAUAUAAAGGAGAGGAAGAAUAUCCAGAACUGAAUGGAGAGGAAAGUGGGGAAACUGUUAAAGAAAGAAGUGAAGUGGAAGAAAACAAGAAGAAAUUAAAUGAGAAUUAUGAAGAUGAAGCAGAAGAAACAGAGAAUGUUGACCAAGCAGAGGAAGAGGAACUUGUCCAUUUAAAUGGCAAGAAAAAUGAAGAAAAUGGUGAAGGAAUGGAGCACUUGAACUACCAAGGUGAUCUUCAGCCUGAAGAAGAAAUAAAAGAAGAGGAUUCUGACAGUCAGAACCAGGUUGAUUCCCAUCUUGAAAAAACAUCCACAAAUCCAAGGGUGACAAUCACCAGCCCACAGGAGAGUGAAAAAAAUGACCAGAGCAAUGACUAUGCAGCAGUUGCAUAGAUAGAAAAA